GGACAAGCUGCUGCUAAAACCUGAACCGUCCAGGAGGUCUUGAUCCAGGAUUUUCAAGGCCCUAAAUCCAACAUGCCGCUGGAAGCAGAAACCAGCCUGGGCUACAUUCCUCCAGACGGAGGCUGGGGCUGGGCCGUGGUCUUCGCGGCCUUUAUCUCCAUUGGAUUUGCUUACGCCUUUCCCAAGUCGCUCACCAUCUACUACAAGGAGAUUCAGGAAUAUUUUUCUGUUUCCUACAGCCAGAUUGCUUGGGUGUCCUCGGUCAUGCUUGCAUCAAUGUAUGCUGGAGGGCCCGUGAGCAGCAUUCUUGUGAAUCGUUAUGGCAGCAGACCCGUGGUCAUGGUUGGUGGGGUAAUGGUUGGCUGUGCUAUGGUGCUCGCCUCUUUUGGAACAACUAUCUUCCAUCUGUACCUCUGCGUUGGAGUAAUUGGAGGUUGUGGCCUUGCCUUCAACCUGCAGCCAGCUCUGACCAUCAUUGGAACAUACUUCCACAUGAAGAGGCCAAUGGCGAACGGCCUGGCGAUGACGGGAAGUCCAGUGUUUCUGUCAGCUCUGGCUCCUCUUAACCAGUUUCUCUUUGAUUCCUUUGGCUGGAGAGGAAGCUUCCUAAUCCUGGGAGCCAUUGUUUCGAACUGUUGUGUUGCUGGUUCUCUGAUGAGACCCGUCAACAAAAAAGUGCAACCGCAACCAAAAACUGAGCCGGAUGAGAGCAAUGAUGCAGAAAAAAUGCUCGUAGACAACCAAGCUGUAGAAAGCCUCGACGAAGGCAAGACGAAGGGAUGUGUGCAGAAGUUCAUAGACGUCUCGCUCUUCAAACACAGGGGAUUCCUCAUUUAUAUCAUCGGUAAUGUGGUCAUGGUCUUUGGCUUUUUUGCGCCUGUGGUCUUCUUAGCCCCGUAUGCCAAACAUGAAGGCAUUGAUGAAUAUUCAGCAGCAUUCUUGCUCUCCAUCUUUGCCCUAGUAGACAUGUUUGCUCGAGCAGCAACCGGCUUCAUCGGCAAUAUGAAGUGGGUUCGACCAAGAAUCCAAUAUUUAUUCAGCUUUGCCGUAUCCUACAAUGGAGUAUGUCACCUUCUGUGCCCACUGGCGUCUGGAUAUGUGGGCUUUGUUAUCUAUGCCGUCUUUUUUGGGAUGGCAUUCGGGAUGGUGUGUUCUCUGCUCUUUGAGGUGUUGAUGGACCUAGUGGGUGCUCAUCGUUUCUCCAGUGCAGUUGGACUUGUCACCAUUAUCCAGUGCGGCCCGGUGCUUCUCGGCCCUCCACUUUCAGGAGCUCUAGUUGAUAUUUUUGGGGACUACAAGUACAUGUACUACGCGUGUGGUGUGUUUAUGCUGGUUCCAGGCAUAUUUUUCUUCAUAAUGCACUACUACAACUACAAGAAGCUGGACGAUGAGCAGCGGCAGCGGUUGGCUGCGGAAAAGAGGAAUUGCAAAGAGGCUGGCCAGUUUAACAUGAAGCAGGAUGAAACACAUGGAUGACUUUUAUGGGUAGGAUUUCAUGUGAGUGGUGUUAGAGUGUAGUGAGGUGAUGCUUAUAGGUUUUCUUAUAGAACAUACUGUUAAACAUUUUUUAAGAUUAAGAUUUUUUUCUACCUCAGAUUAGAAACUGCAGACAUUUUUUAAUUUAGAUACAUAUCUGCAGAUGAAAAUUUGUUGUCUCAGUAUUUGUGUGCAGUUUACGUUAAGCUCCAGAGACAAAACAUAUAAAUAAUACAAAACCAUUGUGCCUGCGGCACUAAAAUUUGAAAUAUGUAUUGUAUUUAUUUUCUGACAAUUUUGACACUUUAAAUGCACAUAACUAAAGGACCGUACCAGUAUUAUACAAAGAGAAGUAUGCAUUUAGUAAACCAAAACAAGCUAAAAUAGUCCAAUAAAAGACCUAAAAAUAGGCUGAUAGACGUGUCGCGUGGUGAAGUUCACACAAGGUGAGCCACUAAUGCCUUUGGACUUUUUUUUAAAUUUAAAAUGGAACUGCCCUUUUUUCAGAAUUUUGCCUAUCGUUCACAACCAUUAUAAAAGACAUUACGAUGGAUGGAUUUUUUUUUUAAUGCAUUCUAAAUAUUAAAUAAACGCAAAUAAAAGUCUGCUUACAGCGGAGCCCAUGGGAGCUCCACUAUUCCGCCCAUAAAAUCCAACAAAUAACCAUUCAAAAAGCACCAACAAAUACUCAUUUUACAUUUUGUGACUUGAAUGUUAAUCAAGUAUUAGUGAUAUUGUUUUUAUAAACACUAACGCAGACAAACUAUUUAAAGCGCCGACGUGAUCGCUGUGCCUAUGUUUACAUAAUCGAGUGGUCUGCUGUUUCCUUGCUUCCCAGCUCCUUGUAAGUUUAUUGUAGAUCAUAAAUCAUGCCUCUCACCUGAAAAGUAGAUGGCUGAGGAUAUAAUCCGACAAAAUGGGAACUGGCAAGAACGACACAAACAGCGAUUGUUACAUCUGCCGCCGACCACGUUUCUUUGCGAGGAUUAUGAGACACUUUUCUUGUAAAUGGGAAUAUAUGAACAUCCUAGCAGUCGUAAAUCUAAUGACAGCAGACCUUGUGCAGGAAGUGGUGUUUUAUUAUGUUUGUUGGCUCUCAGAAAGUCUGCAAUGAAGAGAAAUGAGUGAUGAAGAAAAAAAAAAGCAAACGUUUUUUAAAUUAAUAUGUUUAAAAUGAUCAAAAUACAUAAAUAUUAAAUAUUAUUAUACAUGUACCCAUUACUGCAUUACAUAUAUACUAACAUCAUGUAUAUAAAACCUUAAUGGAGGUGUUUGGAUGUUUUUUUAGGGGCUCUAUAGGGCGAAUUGACCGGCUCCCAUAGGCUCCAUUGUAAGCAAACUUUUGAUCGCGUUUAUUUACUAGUAAGAAUGCAGUAAAAAAAAUCAUCCGUCGUCAUGUCUUUCAUAAUGAUUGUGAACGAUAGGCAAAAUUCCCCCAAAAGUGCAGUUCCCCUUUAAAUUCAUAUGCUCCAAUCCAAUCCAAUCCAAUCCACUUUAUUUAUAUAGCACAUUUACACAACAAGAAUGUUUCCAAAGUGCUGCACAGCCAUGUUAAAAACAAUAUUAAAAACAAUAUUAAAAACAAUAUUAAAAAUAAUAUUAAAAACAAUAUUAUGCUACACCAAUGACUGAAUAAAAACAAAGAAUAAAUGAAUAGAAAACCAAUACAGAGACAACAUAAAAAAUAAAUAUGAUUAAAAACUAUUUUAAAGGGUAAAACCAAUUAAAACAGUAAAAUAGACAUCAAAAUUUAUAACCCUAACCCUAACCACACAGGACAACAGAGGACAGAAGACCACACAACUCACGUAGUGUUAAAAGCCAAAGCAUAAAAGUGGGUCUUAAGACGAGACUUAAAACACUCCACUGUGGGAGCAGUUUGAACAUGGAGGGGCAGAGUGUUCCAGAGUUUAGGGCCGACCACAGAGAAGGCCCUGUCUCCCCUGGUUUUAAGUCUCGUCCUGGGCACCACGAGCUGGAGCUGGCUCUCGGACCUCAGAGCGUGCGCAGGUGUGUAAAUUUGGAUGAGGUCCGAGAUAUACUGAGGUGCCAGUCCAUGUAAAGCUUUAAAAACAAACAGCAAGGAUUUAAAAUAAAUUCUAAAAUGAACAGGGAGCCAGUGCAAACUCCGAAGAAUUGGGGUUAUAUGCUCACGUUUCCUGGCCCCUGUUAAAAGUCGUGCUGCCGCGUUCUGGACUAACUGCAACCGGGAGAGAGCUUU